AUGGCGCUUCGAAAUGUUUUGAAUUGUACAAAUAAUCUAGUCCGUCGCCAAUUAAUGGCAACAUCCAGGGCCCAGCUGAAGCAAACACGAUCAUUUACACUAGGAGUUACCUUGAAUCAAGAAGUAAAGGUGACGUUUAUUAGAGCCAGUGGCGAACGAAUUGAGACAAAGGGCAAGGUUGGCGAUUCUCUCUUGGAUGUAGUUGUAAAUAACAACAUUGAUUUGGAUGGUUUUGGUGCUUGUGAGGGAACUCUAACAUGCUCCACCUGUCAUUUGAUAUUUAAACCGGAAGACUACAACAAAUUGCCUGAAAAGCCCAGUGAUGAAGAAUUGGACAUGUUAGAUUUAGCCUACGAUUUGACAGAUACAUCUCGUUUGGGAUGUCAAAUAAUAUUAUCGAAAGAUUUGGAUGGACUCGAAGUCCAUGUUCCCGCCACAAUAAAUGAUGCGAGAGCGGCGUAACUGCUGGUUUGUUUACUUC